AUGCGGUUUAACGCGGCGCAGUUGCCGUCGAAGACCCGCAGAAGAAGACGCCGAAGGAGAGACAAGAGGAAGAAAAUGACAGGGCGCGCAAAAAGAAAACCCAAAUCCAGCAAGGAAUCGGGUACAGGCAAUGGGGAGGUGAAGAAAGCCCGUACUGACGAAUCUAAAGCUGCACCACUGUCAGAGGUGGAUUCAGUUAAGCGUGAGGAGAUCAUGCAGCUGUACAAGCUUCAAAUGCCAGAGGAUCUGUACCACUUCUGGGACUUCUGCAAGGAGCUUUGUCCUGACAGCCCCUGUGAUGCUCUGAAAGACACACUGGGCUUGCAGCUGGUCGGCCCUUUUGAAAUUCUGGCAGGCGCUCACAAAACCUCCAAGAAUCCUCAGCCCAACUUCCACCUUCACUGGAGGUAUUUUUAUGACCCACCAGAGUUUCAGACCAUCCUCCUGGGGAGUGAGGACAGUCAGCAUCACAUCGGGUACUACAGAGAUACUCCAGACUCCCUUCCUUCGUUUGUCGCGGAAAAUGAAGCCAAGAAAGGCUACGCUAUCACACAGAUGGGAGACAACGUGUUUGCUGCUGUCCUGCUGUAUCUGUUGAAGAGGAGGAAAGAGAGGGGCAGUAAGAAAGCAGGGGGAGAAGCUUUGGAAAGCUUGGAGACGCAGCUAAGAGACAGGGCAGAGUUGCUGGGCUUGUCUCUAGAGCAGAAGACCAAAGGCAUGAAGCAGAGGGACAAGAAGGUGGUCACCAAGACGUUCCACGGUGCCGGCAUCGUUGUACCUGUAGACAAGAAUGAUGUAGGAUACAGAGAACUACCAGAAACAGAUGCUGGUCUCAAAAAGAUUUGCAAGGCAAUCGCUGAAGCCCGGAACGAUGAAGAGCGCGUCAAAGCCUUUGGACCUAUUCAGGAGAUGAUCACGUUUGUUCAGUUUGCCAACGAUGAGUGUGAUUACGGCAUGGGUUAUGAGCUAGGAAUAGACCUCUUCUGUUAUGGAUCCCAUUAUUUCCACAAGGUUAUCAAGCAACUCCUGCCCAUGGCCUACAGUUUGCUGAAAAGGAAUUUGUUUGGGGAAAUUCUGGAGGCCCACCUCUCCAGUCGCAGCCAUGACGACCUGGACCAGUUCUCUGCACAAUAAAAGAAAUAAUAAAAAAAGACUCAGAAGUACACUUAAGUUCUAGCUCUUAUAAGCUUUUCUCCACCAUUUGUCCUUGUCCCCUGUUGUUUGUCCAUUGUUAUUGUUUCUUGGUGGUUUUGGUGCUGCUGUCAUUGAUUGGAACCAGUUCAAUGAUAUCUUGUUUGUAAAAGGUAGAUGUCUAAUAAAGUAUUUUUAUAUAUUUACCCGUC